AUGGCUGAUAUUUUAGCUACCUUGGCAUCCACAUUUAAGGCUGGCAGGAAGUUUGAAAUAAUGCCAAUUGACAUGCAGUCGUAUGAGUACCCGGCUCAUUGUUACCAGAUCGAGGAGGUGAAAGACACUAAGCUCUGGUACCAUAACAUUCUACAAUAUAUCAAGAAUCGAAGUUAUCCAGAGGAAGCCAUCGAAACUGACAAAAGAACCAUUAGACGGAUGACAGCUGGAUACAUCCUUGAUGGGGAGGUCUUGUACAAGAAAAGCCAUGAUCAAAUCCUAUUAAGGAUCAUUAUCGAUAACGCUACAAACUUAAAAAACAAAAUGAUGGAUGGUUCUUGUGAGCAAUUUAACAUCAAGCAUCAUAACUCUACUGCUUAUAGACCAAAGGUGAAUAGAGCAGUAGAAGUAUCAAAUAAAAUCAUUAAGAAGAUAGUGGAGAAGACAACUGAGACCUAUAAAGAUUGA